AUGCCACUUAGUGCCAUUUUGUAUUACUUUGUAUCGUUUUCUACCAGUCUAUUUAUUCACGGUUUACCAUUUACUGUACAGCGACCAGUCACCCCCAUCUUCGCUCAUCAUUUCCUUAGCACAACCCCUGUCAGCCAUUCCCACUCCCGCCUUUGCACGAUCUUAUCCACCCGCCUCGCUGAGUCGGUUCUCUUCAAUUCACGUGCACCAAGACUUUUAUUUCGUGGCGGGAAAACAUCUGGAAGUCGCAGACUGAAACUGCAGCGUUUACAAUUGACGCCAGUUAGUCUCUUUCGAUUUUUUUUCAUUGUUUAUAGUGAAGCCUUUCCCUUUGAGUCUCAUCCAUCAUUUUGCGUCUUGGCCUGUUUUGUUGCCUAUUUUUAUUUUUUGUUCACUGCCUUUCUAUCUAUCUAUCUAUCUAUCAAUCUAUCUAUCUAUCUAUCUAUCUAUCUAUCUUAUUCUGUUCAGUAUCUAUCUAUCUGUUUCAGUCUUUUCAUAUCUAUCUAUCUAUCUAUCUAUCUAUCUAUCUAUCUAUCUAUCUAUCUAUCUAUCUAUCCGUUUCAAUCUUUUCAUUAUCUAUCUAUCUGUUUCAUUCAAUCUUUUCAUGUCUAUUUAUCUAUCUCAGUCUUUUCAUCUAUCUAUCUAUCUAUCUAUCUAUCUAUCUCAGUUUUUUUAUUUCAUAUCUAUCUUUCUAUUUAUCUAUCUAUCUAUCUAUCUAUCUCAGUUUUUUUUAUUUCAUAUAUAAGUCUUUUCAUUUCAUUCUAUCUAUCUAUCUAUCUAUCUAUCUAUCUAUCUAUCUAUCUAUCUCAGUUUUUUAUUUCACAUCUAAUCUUUUUCAUUUCUAUUUCUAUCUAUCUAUCUAUCUAUCUAUCUAUCUAUCUCAUUUUUUUAUUUCACAUCUAUCUAUUUCUAUCUCCAUUUUUUAUCCAUCCAUCUAUCUCAGUUUUUUCAUUUCUAUCUAUCUAUCAUUUCUAUCUAUCUAUCUAUCUAUCUAUCUAUCUCAGUUUUUUUAUUUCAUAUCUAAGUCUUUUUCAUUUCUAUCUAUCUAUCUAUCUAUCCAUCUAUCUAUCUAUCUCAUCUAUCUAUCUAUCUAUCUAUCUAUCUAUCUAUCUCAGUUUUUUUAUUUCAUAUCUAAGUCUUUUCAUUUCUAUCUAUCUAUCUAUCUAUCUAUCUAUCUAUCUAUCUCAGUUUUUUUAUUUCAUAUCUAAGUCUUUUUUUCUAUCUAUCUAUCUAUCUAUCUAUCUAUCUAUCUCAGUUUUUUAUUUCAUAUAUAAGUCUUUUCAUAUCUAUCUAUCUAUCUAUCUAUCUAUCUAUCUAUCUAUCUAUCUCUAUCUAUUCAUCUCAGUUUUUUAUUUCAUAUCUAAGUCUUUUCAUUUCUAUCUCUAUCUAUCUAUCUAUCUAUCUCAGUUUUUUUAUUUCAUAUCUAAGUCUUUUUUCAUUUCUAUCUAUCUAUCUAUCUAUCUAUCUAUCUAUCUAUCUAUCUAUCUCAGUUUUUUUAUUUUCAUAUCUAAGUCUUUUCAUUUCUAUCUAUCUAUCUAUCUAUCUAUCUAUCUAUCUAUCUAUCUAUCUAUCUAUCUAUCUCUUUUUUUUAUUUCAUAUCUAAGUCUUUUCAUUUCUAUCUAUCUAUCUAUCUAUCUAUCUAUCUAUCUAUCUAUCUCAGUUUUUUUUAUUUCAUAUCUAAGUCUUUCAUUUCUCAUCUAUCUAUCUAUCUAUCUAUCUCAGUUUUUUUUUUUUAUUUCAUAUAAGUCUUUUUCAUUUCUAUCUAUCUAUCUAUCUAUCUAUCCAUCUAUCUAUCUAUCUAUCUAUCUAUCUCUCAUUUUUUUAUUAUAUCUAUCUAUCUAUCUAUCUAUCUAUCUAUCUAUCUAUCUAUCUAUCUAUCUCAUCUUUUCAUUUCUAUCUAUCUAUCUAUCUAUCUAUCUAUCUAUCUAUCUAUCUAUCUAUCUCAGUUUUUUUAUUUCAUAUCUAAGUCUUUUCAUUUCUAUCUAUCUAUCUAUCUAUCUAUCUAUCUAUCUAUCUAUCUAUCUAUCUAUCUCAUCUUUUCAUUUCUAUCUAUCUAUCUAUCUAUCUAUCUAUCUAUCUAUCUAUCUCAGUUUUUUUAUUUCAUAUCUAAGUCUUUUCAUUUCUAUCUAUCUAUCUAUCUAUCUAUCUAUCUAUCUAUCUCAGUUUUUUUAUUUCAUAUAUAAGUCUUUUCAUUUCUAUCUAUCUAUCUAUCUAUCUAUCUAUCUCAUUUUUUUUCAUCUAAGUCUUUUCAUUUCUAUCUAUCUAUCUAUCUAUCUAUCUAUCUAUCUAUCUCAGUUUUUUUUUUUCAUAUCUAAGUCUUUUCAUUUCUAUCUAUCUAUCUAUCUAUCUAUCUAUCUAUCUAUCUAUCUAUCUUUCAUUUCUAUCUAUCUCAUCUAUCUAUCUAUCUAUCUAUCUAUCUAUCUAUCUAUCUAUCUCAGUUUUUUUUUUAUUUCAUAUCUAAGUCUUUUCAUUUCUAUCUAUCUAUCUAUCUUCUAUUAUCUAUCUAUCUAUCUAUUUUUUUUAUUUCUAUCUAUCUUUUCAUUUCUAUCUAUCUAUCUAUUAUCUUUUUAUUUCAUAUCUAAGUCUUUUCAUUUCUAUCUAUCUAUCUAUCUAUCUAUCUAUCUAUCUAUCUAUCUCAGUUUUUUUAUUUCAUAUCUAAGUCUUUUCAUUUCUAUCUAUCUAUCUAUCUAUCUAUCUAUCUAUCUAUCUAUCUAUCUCAUGUUUUCCAACUCCUGGUUCUCUAUAAACAAAGACAAAAUACUUGACCUUGUACCAGACAUGAUUAGAUAUACUAAGUGUUUUCUUUGUUUUCUCAAAUUCCAAUCUUCUUCUUCUUCUUCUUCUUCUUCUUCUUCUUCUUCUUCUUCUUCUUCUUCUUCUUCUUUCAUUUUCUCUCUACACCUCUCCCUCUUACAGCCCUCUCUAUCUAUUGUUUUCAUUUCUCUCUCUUUUGUUCUCGUUGUUUCCCUCGUUGUGCCUCUCAAUCUCACACAAGUCUUUAAGCUUUCCUACCCUUUUCUUGCACUUUUCUUAAACAAGUUGAUUCACCCUUUCCCUGAUUCCAUCUAUUUAUUCACACUUUCUUUCUUUCUUUCUUUCUUUCUUUCUUUUUUCUUUUCUUUCUUUCUUUCUUAUUUUCCUUCUUUCGAAUUCCACCCUUUCAUAUAA